AGCAGCGGCAGCAGCAGUAGCACUCACCCGGGCUCUAGACUCCCCAUCACGGGACUCGGACUUGGACUAGACCGGGACUCGCUUGGACCAUGGCUGAAAGUAGACCAAACAGUGGACUUAUUAGCACUUAAGAGUACAGCGCUUCGAAACAUGAAGACACCCAUGCGUCACGGGGUCGCGGUGCUCCUCGUGCUGCUCCUGUGCGCGAGCCUCUUCCUCGUGUACAACGGCAGCUUCAGCGGAGCCGCACGAGACCGGGACGUCAACGACACCACUACCGCCGCCACCACGCGCAUCAGAUCGGCCCACGUGCGCGUUCAAAGACGGCCCACGAGCGCUCCUCUGCCCCGAGUGAGCCUGGACACCGACCCCGAGCGUCAUCCACAGACUCGGGCAGAGGAAAAGGAGGAGGAGGAGGAGGAAGAGCUGGCCCCGGUGCUCCAGGGAUACAGCGGGAUCAUCGACCACCAGCCUCUCCGCAUGCACUGCCGCACCUGCUCAUUGGUCACCAGCUCCGGGCACCUGAUCGGAGGAGGGAGGGGCCCCGAGAUCGACCAGGCUCAGUGCGUCAUCCGUAUGAACGACGCCCCGACAGCCACGCUCCGCACGGACUACACCCGCGACGUCGGCCGAAGAACCUCCCUGCGCGUGGUCGCUCACUCCAGCCUCCAGAGGGUGCUCCGGAGUCGACACGAGCUGCUAAACUCCAGCCGGGACGCCGUGUUUAUCUUCUGGGGCCCGAGCAGCUACAUGAGGAGGGAUGGCAAAGGUCUCAUCUACAACAACCUGCGACUGUUGAGCCAGCUGCUCCCCAAGCUCAAGGUCUACAUCAUCUCCUGGCAGAAGAUGCAGCAGUUUGACGAGAUCUUCAAGAAGGAGACCGGGAAAGACAGGAGGAUCUCUAACUCGUGGUUGAGCACUGGCUGGUUCACCAUGACCAUCGCUCUGGAGCUGUGCGACAGGAUCAAUGUGUACGGCAUGGUGGCCCCUGACUUCUGCAGGGAGCCGGAGCACCAGUCCGUGCCGUACCAUUACUACGAGCCACGCGGUCCGGACGAAUGCGCCAUGUACAUCUCCCACGAGCGCGGUCGCCGUGGCAGCCAUCAUCGCUUCAUCACCGAGAAACGCGUCUUCGCCAAGUGGGCACGGACGUUUGACAUCCACUUCUACCAACCAGACUGGAGCCCCGCGCCCCUGCCGGCCAAUCAGACAGCGGAGGGGGCGGGAACUAGCACACCCAUUGGACCGUACAAAACGUGAUGGUGACACUUAUAAGACAAAUACAGGGAUCUGAUUUGUAAUAAACAGUCAAACGUUUUUCAAUGACAGAUGAGGAACAGUGGGCAAAAUGCAUGCUGGGUAAUUUCCGUGGCCAAUGUGUGUGUUGUUUUUGAAGACUGCAGCUUAACUGGCCAAUCAGAACUCUAAGGAGGCGGGACUAAGGAAAAUGUUGGAUUGUAAGCUCCAGAUGAAGACAACUAAACUAUUUAACACUUUUUGCAAUACGGUUGGACUGUAUAAAUCUAUA